AUGACAUUAGUACAGAAGUAUGGUAAAUCGGAUAUAUUUCUGACCAUGACUUACAAUCCUAAUUGGCCAGAAAUAAAAGAACACUUAAUAGACAAAGAAGAGGCACAAAACAGACCAGAUUUGCUUGCUAGAGUAUUUCAUGCUAAGUUAGAACAGCUUAAAGAUGAACUUCUGAAAAAAUGCAUUUUUGGUGAAGUGGCAGCUUACACUUAUGUCAUUGAAUACCAAAAACGUGGACUGCCACAUGCACACUUCUUGCUAAUUUUAAAGUCAAAAUUCAAGAUGUAUACUCCUGAUGAAUAUGAUAAAAUUGUCUGUGCUGAGAUACCAAAUAAAGAGAAAAACGAGCAUCUAUAUAAUUUGGUUAUUAAACAUAUGCUUCAUGGACCAUGUGGUUCACUUGAUCCAACAAAUGUAUGCAUGAGAAAAAAUGGAACUUGCAAGAAUAAUUUUCCUAAAAAUUUCUGUGAGGAAACUAUCCAAACUCUUAAUGCAUAUCCUGAAUAUCGAAGGAGAGAUGAUGGAGUUCAAAUUAAGAUCAAAUCAGCUCUUUUAGAUAACAGAUGGGUUGUACCAUACAAUCCAUAUCUUUUGGCUAAAUUUGAUUGCCAUCUUAAUGUUGAAAUGUGUUUUACAAUUAAGGCAGUCAAAUACAUUUACAAGUAUAUCUAUAAAGGUCAUAAUAGAACUAACUUUUGUGUAGUAAAUAAUAAACCUGAUUCAGAAAUUGAUGAAAUUAAACAAUAUGUAUCAGCUAGGUGGGUUUCUCCACUUGAGGCAGCAUGGAGAAUCUUUAGAUUUUCUAUGAGUGAAAUAAAGCCAGCUAUUAUUCAUUUACAAUUGCAUUUGGAAAAUUAUCAGCCAAUGAGUUUCAAAAAAACAGCUAAUCUUCAAAAUGUUGUCAAUAACUAUCAUUUGAAAAAACCAAUGCUCACUGAAUUUUUUUACAUGAAUAGGACAGAUAAAGCAGCUCAGGAUCUAAAUUGUACUUAUGUAGAGUUCCCUGAUCAUUUUGUCUGGUUACCUAAGCAAAAAUACUAG